AUGUUUAUACAUGACUUUACAUGGAGUGUACUAUGUUUUGAAAUGUGGAGAACUACAUUGUAUUUUUGUGUUUUGGAUCUCUCUUAUGUACAGUUGUAUAAAAAUUUUAUGAUGAAUAUAUUUAUUUUUUUAAGGUCAUCAAAGAACAAUAUUAUUUUUUUCAUACAGGGAAAUCAGCUAUUAUGUGACCCAGCCACAAAGGUGUGAGGAAAUUUAUGCCUUUACUGUUCACAGGUCAAAUAUUAUACAGCAUACAACUUCUGAAUUGUAAUCAAGAAGGUGACUUUGUUUCAUGAGGCCUAUGCAUGAAUAAUGUUCACUGCAUGAAUUACAUUAAUUUUCUGAGCUUAAGAAAUAUCAAAUAUCAGUGUUGAGAAGAUUAUGUUGCUGGCAGCUUACAGAGUUGUUACCCUUAAUUUGUAUCAGUAUGGUGUAAGGUAUAACUGUGGUUCAUUAACCAAAAAUACUUCACAUUAAUGAACCUCAGUUUGGUCAACACUUUAUCUUCUGGCAUUUUUGGGGUUAAGAAUAUAUAGUGUACAUUGCAGUUAAAGUAAUACUACUGUGGAGGUGACAUUAAAAGUAGAUCCUGAAAAGUUGAGGGAAGAGAGUCCAAUUUACAAGAAUCUAAACCUGCUUGUUUCCUAUAAUUAUGAGUACUGCAAAGCAUUAAAUCGAUCAGAUGUCGCUUAUGAACUUGCUGUAGAAAAUCUACAGCUGGUGCAAAAAAGGGAGAAUUGGAAGCACUGGCAAAGAAGAAAAUUGAUGGUGAUGUUUAUCUGUACAAGAGAAAUAAGUCCUGGUCAGCUGUUUACCUCUUAA